ACCUCCCUUACCGUGGCCUUCCACAGGAAGUGCAGGAUAUGAUCUACAGAUACGCUCUUUGCCCCCGUGAAGGCAUUGUGAUCACUCCAUUGAAGCACCCGAAGAGCAUAUCGAGACAAGAUCCGGAAAGGUUUUUGUUCAAGUGCGUCCACCCCGUGGCGUCUGGCUUACUGCGAGUAAACCGGCACGUCAGCAGUAUCGCCGUAGCCAUCCUGUACGGGGAAAACGUUUUCUCCUUUGAAGCACAUAAGCGGAUGCACGUCGAGAUCUUCCUGCAAAACCUUCCGGAGCAAAGCCGGCUCCGGAUACGACACCUUUGUCUGGGCAUAAACUCCGUGGACUUUCCAGAUACCGAAUUGCCUCACAUAGGACUAGAGAAAUAUAUUCUUGAAAAUAUGCAGUUGGAGGGUUUGACCUUGCCUACGCCAAACGAUUGGAAUGCGGAUGGGGAGUGGUGGAGAGUUCAAGAAAUAUUCAUGAAGGCCUUCAGAACAGGUCGUUUCAAAUACCUCAGACUAACUAGCCUGACAAGUCCAUACAUUGACGGCAGCUACAGGCUCCUUAACGGUUCCGAGGAUCCUCUUAUUUAUGCUUUGAGCAUGUCGUUAUUCCACGAUGUAGAGGAAGCAGAACUUCUCUUCGAUCGCCUAUGCGAGGAUUCAGAGCAGUGCGAAAAGUUCCCUGAGCUCGGAAGACUCUGUCACAGUUGCACCGACUCCCUUACAAAAUUCACCAGUGAUCUCGUACGGCGUGCCGGGUUUACCUUGGAGGAGGAUGAAUUGCGUCCUGAAGAAACUUCAAUGGCAAAACAAGCGUACAUACUCCAGCGCUUAACACCGCAAAAGCGAGGUGCUCAGGAUUCUGAGCCACGUGAAAGCAAAAGGCUUCGUCAAUCGUCGCCAACUGAGGCCGAGGAGCAGGUUUAA